GAGUUCCCUCCAGCUGUCGACAGCAUCCGUGACAAGCUGGUCGGUAAAGAGUGAGCCCUUUGCGCAAACGUCCACCUCAUGUCCAUGUGGGCAUUGAUCCGCGAGUGACAGAUAACCGCCUCUAAAUCAGCCCCCGGGUUCAGGGUUUGCCCCUCCUGACCAGCACCAAUCUGAGAUGGAUAGACGGAGGGGGCGGGAAGGGUAGUUUGAAGAGGGCAGAGCUUUGCGAGAGGACGCCGAUUUCGGCUUAUUGUUUCACCGCUGGAGAAAAAGAAAGAAAAAAAACAAAAAAAAACUGUGGACAAUAACAGCUGAGAGAGAAAUCAGUCCGAACAAGAAGCUCAUUAACUCCAAGGAAAGCCAGUCGGGAGAGAAGAAACAGCUAGAACACAUCCCUUUAUAUCUGCUGGACCCCUCUGUUUUAACAGAUAUGGCUGCUGCACUGUGGAAGAUUAAAUCACUGCACAUGGGCUUGUGGAUCUUCUUCCUGCUCGUCAACCUCCUUCCUGCAGCCAGGGCAGUGGUUGGGCACAGAGAGCCAUUGCCUGAUGAUAGUAAAGACAAUAUCACCAUUUUCACCCGGAUCCUAGAUCGGCUGUUGGAUGGAUACGACAACAGGCUACGUCCAGGGCUGGGAGAGAGUGUGACAGAAGUGAGGACAAACAUCUACGUGACCAGUUUUGGGCCGGUGUCGGAUACAGACAUGGAGUACACCAUCGAUGUCUUCUUCCGCCAGAGUUGGAUGGACGAGAGGCUGAAGUUCGAAGGGCCCAUGCAUGUGUUACCCCUCAACAACCUCCUGGCCAGUAAGAUCUGGACUCCUGACACCUUUUUCCAUAACGGAAAGAAAUCGGUGGCCCACAACAUGACGACUCCAAACAAACUGCUGCGACUAGUUGACAACGGCACGCUUCUCUACACGAUGAGGUUGACCAUCCAUGCCGAGUGCCCCAUGCACCUGGAGGAUUUCCCCAUGGAUGCACACGCCUGUCCUCUGAAAUUCGGAAGUUAUGCUUACACCAAUAAUGAGGUGAUCUACCUGUGGACCCAGGGGAGGUCUGUGGCUAUGGCAGAGGAGAGCUCCAGGCUCAACCAGUAUGACUUACUGGGACAUGUUAUUGGCAAAGAAACCAUCAGUUCCAGCACAGGAGAAUAUGUAGUGAUGACAGCAUAUUUCCAUUUGAAAAGGAAAAUUGGCUAUUUUGUGAUUCAAACCUACCUCCCGUGCAUCAUGACUGUCAUACUGUCUCAGGUCUCCUUCUGGCUAAACAGAGAAUCGGUUCCUGCUCGCACUGUAUUUGGGGUCACCACUGUCCUAACCAUGACCACCCUGAGCAUCAGUGCUAGAAACUCCCUCCCUAAGGUGGCCUAUGCCACUGCCAUGGACUGGUUCAUGGCAGUGUGCUAUGCCUUUGUCUUCUCUGCCUUGAUUGAGUUUGCCACAGUCAACUACUUCACCAAGCGCAGCUGGGCAUGGGAUGGGAAAAAAGAGGGCAUGGAAAUAAGGGAACCGUUUCAGGCUAACAUGGCCAGGAUUAACGAUAUGAGAAGAGAAUCUGCUACAUUGUCCAAAAAAGCAAACAACACAUUCAACAUUGUUGGAACCACCUACGGCAUCAACGUGGCUAAAGACCAAGGUUUAACGACCGUUUCCAAGAGUGCCACUCCAGUCCCCACCAGACACUCCUACCUCCAGGAUGACUGUUACGAGGAGGCCAAGAAGUCAUACAACCGUGUCAGCAAAGUGGACAAGAUAUCGCGCAUCAUUUUCCCAGUUCUGUUCUUCAUCUUCAACUUAGGCUACUGGGCCACAUAUGUCAACAGAAAGCCCGCUAUGAUGAAAGCAAACAACUUAAACUGAAUUUGACCAAAUGCUAGGCUUGAUCUGGUUUUGUUUUGAGGGUAGACAGGUUUGCAGGAGGCCAAGUUCAUCACAUUUUAUUGUGUGUGUAUGUGUGUGCGCCUGUUUCGUGCAUUGUUUUUUUCUUAAGAGUUUGAUAUUUUGCACGUCUGUUUAGAUGGAAGGCACAUUUAAACAAUAGUAGAUUCACAUAUAUUAGUGGACGUUGGAGGGAGCACAUUUCUCACAUCAGACUGUGUUUGUGUUGCAUUUAUUUGUUCUCCCCUCCUCACUUAUCUCUGGCACUGUUCCCUGUUGUCAGUAACCCAGUGUCCCUUCGCUGUAUCCUGAUUGCUUGCCGUUUUGUAGAGUAGUCAAAUUGUGUUUUCACUAUGUUUUGAAAUGUUUGCGCUUUGCUUAUAAUAAGUUAGAGCAAGCAUGCAUUUGAAGUUUUCAUUGUAGCUCAUUACCAAUGAUAAGGUUUUGACAUAUCCAUCAAGUUAACAACAUGCAUGCACGCACACAGACACACAGUUAUCGUCAGAAAAACGCCAGAAGAGCCAUUCAUUGGUUGCCCUGCCCUGCUCUGUUAGCCGGGGCAGCCUGUAUAGUUCCAUAGGAACAUAAUUAAUAAUCGUCAGGGUCUGGCCUUCACCUCACGCUGAAUCGUAACAGACCCAAUGCAGUAUCAUCUGGAAUUGCUAUUG